GCUCUAAGUGGUAAAUUGUUAUAUUCCUGUUGAAAUAGACUUGAGGGAACCUUGAGACCUUGUUAGCUGUUGUAAGAGGAGUGUUUGUUUCAAAGACAAGAUACAGUUUGCACGUACAGGCCGUGGCUAAAGUAGUUCAGCAGCACUCUUUUGCCCUUAACAGAAAGAUGGAAAUGUCAGAGAUGAUAAUAGUUUCAGAAGAAUACCCCACUGAAAUUCAUGAUUAUCUCGCAGCAUUUGAAAAAUCUCUUGGUUCUGUAGAUGAGAUGCUGAAGACAAUGAUGUCCAUUUCCAGGAGCGAGCUUCUGCAAAAGUUAGAUCCUCUUGAGCAAGCAAAGCUGGAUUUGGUUUCGGUGUACACGUUGAAUUCCAUGUUCUGGGUAUACUUGGCUACUCAGGGAAUCAAUCCAAAGGAACAUCCAGUGAAACAAGAACUGGAGAGAAUAAGAACAUACAUGAACAAGGUCAAAGAAAUAACAGACAAGAAAAAGGCAUCCAGACUCGAUAAAGGAGCUGCUUCUAGAUUUGUAAAAAAUGCACUUUGGGAACCAAAUGCAGAAAAUGAACAUAGUUCCAAAACUCCUGCUAAAGGAAAAAAGAGAAAGAAGGACUAAAUCUUGGUUUUAUACAAAUUAGAGACACCUAGUACUUAUUUUGAAUUGCUUUGCAUACUGCAUGCACCUCACGGAGGUGCUGUAUAACAGAUUAACUUAUACUUAAGAAUUUUACAGGACUGUAUUUUGUCCAGAACACUUGUCACUGAGGCAAUUGCAUUGAAUGUGUAUCUAAAAGUGCCACUGGGUGCAUGUUUGAGUGACAUCUCAUUACCCAGAUGAUAAAGACCUGACAUACACUUGCUGGUAAUAAAUACUAGUGAUGUUUUGCUUAUAAUACCUGUGAAUUACAUUUUUUUUUUAACUACUGAAUGAUUUAUUGACACUUUUUUAUAUGUCCUUAAUCUCCUGAAUAUUAAAAUGUUUCAAAC